CAAUUGCGGUUACCGCCACAACUAUUAAAGAAACCUUCGGUGAUUUUGAAAAAAUUGGCGGUCUUAUUGGUGCUUCAAUUUCUUUUUCUUAUUGGAGAAAUGAACACGAUAGUUUUCAUUUCUGUUUUCAAAACGCUCCGAUGUAUGAAACAAACCGGGACAUUUGAAGAAGCGGAUAUAGAGGAGAUCAUGAAUAAUGGUGGUGUUUUAGGAAGAUUCUUUAGGCCAGUAUAUCAAUUUAUAGAUUCAUGUUGGAAAAUGUAUCCCUUGGGUGUUUCAUUUGGAUUAAGAUUCGAUUCGAGUAUCGAAGUUGGAUUGUUAAGAAUUGCUACAGUCUAG